UUAAAAGUCAAAAUCAUAUGACCGUCCGACGGUUUUUUCUUUCUAAACGACAAAAAGUAAACAAACCAGGUACGAAAUAAACCAAGAAUUUUUAGCAAAGAAUAUCUAAAAAUGUCUUGGAUAUCGGAGAACUCUUUAAGCCAUAUACAAAAAUUCUGUAUAAACGUAUUAAAGUGCGGCUCCAUUCCUAAUCAUGUAGCCUUUAUCAUGGACGGUAAUCGACGUUACGCCAAAAAGCAACACGUAGCCAAGGCGGAGGGCCACUCAAAAGGAUUUGAUAAAUUAUCAGAUUGUCUUAAUUGGUGCCUCGAACUGGGAAUUAAAGAAGUAACCGUUUAUGCUUUUAGUAUAGAGAAUUUUAAGAGAACUAAGGAUGAAGUAGAUCAGUUAAUGGACCUAGCCAGGGAGAAGUUCAGCCGACUAUUUGAAGAAAAAGACAAACUUAUGGAGAAUGGUAUCUGCAUAAGGGUAAUAGGAAAUCUUACUUUACUUCCAGAUGACUUAAAGAAGCUUAUCGCUCGAGCAAUGAUUAUGACCAAAGACAAUAAGAAUGCUAUAUUGAAUGUGGCAUUUUCUUAUACUUCCAGAGAUGAAAUUGCCAACAGCAUGAUGACAAUUGUAGAAGGAGCCAAACAGGGUAAAAUCGAAGUAGAUGACAUAAAUGAAAGCCUAAUUUCCCACUGUCUUUAUACCAAUUUAAGUCCAAAUCCAGAUUUAUUGAUCAGAACUUCAGGAGAAGUGAGGUUAAGUGAUUUCCUGCUCUGGCAGUGUGCCAAUAGCCAAAUUUUCUUUGCUGAAGUAUUAUGGCCAGAAUUUAAUAUUUGGCAUUUGCUACAGGGAGUGUUUUACUACCAGAGAGGAUUAAGAAGUAUGCAAAUGAAAGAAGAUCCCAAUGUACAGGAAGAAAACUUUAGAAUAAGGAAGUUUGUGAGUGACUUAAAUGAAAGAAGAUGGCGGCAAUUAGAAAUAUAUGCUAGCUAAUGAUUUAGUAGUAUUAGUGAUAUUGUUUUUGCAUUCCAAAUGUAUAAAUAAGUUAAAUUUAAUAAAUUAUUGUUAAUCAAAAUAUAA